AGCACAGAGAGAGGGAGCUGAGCCGAGCUCCGCAGCGCUGGGCUGGGCCGUGCCCCGAGCUCCCCGGCGCCCUGGGAGCGGCACCCUCGAAGAAAGCCUGGCUGGAGCCCAGCCGCUCCGAGAGCGCAGCAACUUGGUGACGGAGAUCCAGGGGCUCUGGAUAGUGCCCGACCGAAGAAAGCCUGCCAGUGCAGCGACUGCAAGGCGGCAACGGCCCGGUCGCGGCUACACGCUCUCAGGUCCUUGGUCCUCGAGUGUAGGAGCAGGGGCGACCUCUGUUUCGGUGAGCAGAAGCGGCAGCAGAGACCCCAAUGUUUUCUCUUACUCACCCUGGUGGAGACAGUUUGAGUCCAGUGCAUGUAACGGCAGUAGCUGGGAGCCCAGUAAGAGAAUGAGUGACAGGGACUGCCGGAGCUCAAGCACAGGGGUCUGUCUUUUGGUGCUCUGCCUGAUCCCACUGUGGGCACGGCUGGCAUUUGCUUCAUCAUAUCCUCGGAUUCACACAGUGAAUGUGGAGUCUGGCACCUGUGAAGUGAUUGCUGCGCAUCGAUGCUGCAACCGCAACCGAAUUGAGGAGCGUUCUCAGACAGUCAAAUGCUCCUGCUUCCCAGGCCAGGUAGCAGGGACCACUAGGGCAAAGCCCUCCUGUGUGGAUGCCUCCAUCGUCCUGCAGAAGUGGUGGUGUCAAAUGCAGCCCUGUUUGCCUGAGGAAGAGUGCAAGGUGCUCCCAGACCUGUCUGGAUGGAGCUGUAGCAGUGGGAACAGGGUCAAAACCACCAAGGUCACACGAUAGCCCUUGGGGAUACAGUCCAGGCUGGACAGGAACAAUGGAACCAUGAGCCAAAGGAGGCUUGAGAGGAAACAGGGUCCUAGAAGAUGGGAAUGACUGAAAGCUCUUGGGUGGGCUUGCCUCAUCAGAAUUGCAAGGCAAUGUUCUCUGGUGGACCGGAACAUCAUUGCGAUGCCCUCCUUCCUGGGGGCAUUUCCACUAAGCAAGCAACAAGUGUUUCUGAAGUAUCCUCUGUGGAGAGCACUGGGCUAAGUGAAGACAUCGAGGACAUAAUUCCUGUCCUGAGGGAGCCUACAGUCUAAAUGGAGACACCACACACACACAUGAAACCAUAGGGGACGAGUGAACACUAGAGAGAUUUCUUGUUUUUGAGGCUGCUGGGGAAUAGAGGAAGCCAGGAAAUGAGAUUCUCUAUCUUUUAGGUUUCUCCCUUUCCCUGGGCUUAUGGGGGCAAACUAGAGGAAUCACAUCCAUGGUUCCCAAUUGGAUCUAAUGUCCUCAGGAAGCCACUGAUGUUCCUCUCUUAUCACAAGUUGGCGAUGGCCUCAUCUCAUUUGGAUGCACAAGAGACACGUGGGAGGAUGUGAAGUUGCAAUGUCUCAGUGGAGUUUGUACAGUGGGGUUGUUUCAUAGAAUUCAGGAGUGGGACCUUAACAGAGCCUCCUUAAUAGAGGAAAGGGUCACACCACUGGUUUUUCCAUCUCUCUGAAGCUAUUGCCUUCUAUUCAUCCUAGCUGGAACAAUUUUGAGGAAUGGGCUGUUUAAACAAGGGGUGCUUGUUAUGUGGAUCUUUUCCUAAGUAGAGGAGCCUGAUGUGCCCUCAGAGAAGGGAGGGAAAUAGGAGUGGGGGGUUCUCUCGGGGAGGUCAGAGUAGAGUUGCUGUCAAGUUGGAUUUCUGUUGUCCCCCAUGUCCAGGAAUCCCCUACUAGGGGCUGGCUACCCUCUCCAAAUCUAACUGCACAGUCUCAGAAUACUGGGUAGCUCUCAACUUCAGUCCCUGAAAAGUCCAAAGCAUCUAAUUGGAAGGUCAUCUGUGUCCAGAUGCUCAGUUGCAUUUUGGGUGAAUGCUGCUGUAUUACUUCCAACCUUCCCCUGUCCUUAGGAAGACAGAAGUGAGGUUCGUGUCUUCUGCCUGCCAUAGUCAAGCUGGUAGAGAUGGUAUAGACUCCCAGAGUUCAGAGUUGGAAGGACCUUUAGAGAUAAUCUUCCCCUUGUUUUAUAAAGGAAUAAACAACUCAGGGCCAGAGAAGCAAAACAAAUUUCUCUAGGUUGAAUAGAGAAUAUGGAACCCAUAUUUCCUGAAACUACUCCUUUUCCCUCUACACCACAUGUCCCCAAAGUUAGAAUCAAGAGGGUCCAAGAAUGGGAUAGAGUCUUUGUGGGAGCAGGCUUGAGGGUACUGGGAGUACCGGAGGAGACACUGGUGAUUGGAUAGAUGAGAAGGAAAUAAAAACUCUUUUGUUGAGGAAGAUCUCUGGGCCAUGAUCACCCCUAAGUGAUCCUAGAUAUAAAAAUGAUGAUAACUCAGGUUUGGAAAGAAAGGGUUGUUGGGAUGGAAGGAGCCAGAAGGCUGAAUGUUGAUUCAACCAUAACUGGUAAACCUUCAAGGAAUUACAAAAUGUCAGAAUGAAUCUCAGAGGUCAUCUUGACCAAGUCAUACCUGAAUAGACAUUCUCUUUUCACUUCCCCAACAAGUGGUUGUCUGGUCUCAAGUUGAAGACCUCCAGGUAUGGGGAAUCCAACAAGAAAGAGGGAGUUCUCCAGGCAGGUAAGGAAAUGCCUGGGCUCCCCUAACCCUAUCCUAGUCCCAAUGUCUUCCUCAGGAGAGCACAUACCUACCUGAUACUCAAUGCUGCUCUGUCCUAUCCUGUAACUAUUACCUCCGGUCUCCAACCCCCUCCUCCACUCCAACCUGCUCCACAGUUUGUUAUCUUCAUAUUUUUGUAACUGGGUAUUUAAUCUCAGCUUCUCAUUUGACUGUAAAUACCAGAUUCUGAAAUAUUAAAUUCAUUUUAAUCUCUGCAAA